AUGGAAUUUACGGAACCAACACAAACGCAACCGACUCAACAGUCGCCAGCGACACAGGAUGUUGAUGAUUCGGAUAAGUCGUACAUAUGUCGGUUGGUUUGUACUACUGGUCAGUAUACCCACUUUGACUUAACGCAAGAUAAAAACUUAUGGAUAAUAGGUAGAAACCUGGAAUGUGAUUAUACGCUCAAUUUAAGUACUCGGCUUUCAAAUAAACAUUUUAAAUUAUGGUUUAAUACGCAGUAUAAUACUUUGUGGAUACAGGAUAUGUCUACUAAUGGGACGCAUUUGAAUAAUAGUAGAUUAGUAAAAGGAUCGAAUUACAUGUUGAAUCAGGGAGAUGAAAUAUCAGUGGGGAACGGUAUUCCUAAGGAUGUGGUAAAAUUCGUGAUAUUGUUUCAGGAUAAGUUCAACCCAUCGAAAUUUUCGAAUCCAGACAUAAAAGAACAGGGAAUAUACAAGGAUUUUAUUGUGAAGAAUGAGGUUAUCGGGCAGGGCGCGUUUGCGACCGUUAAAAAGACGAUUGAGAGGUCUACAGGGAAGUCAUAUGCUGUGAAGAUAAUAAAUCGAAGGAAAGCGUUGAAAAAUGGAGAAUCAAUGGAAGGUGUAAAUAGAGAACUAUCGAUUUUGAGACAAUUAGACCACCCAAACAUUGUUUACUUGAAAUCAUUUUAUGAAGACAUUGAUAACUAUUAUCUAGUUAUGGAGUAUGUUCCCGGUGGUGAUUUAAUGGACUUUGUAGCAGCAAAUGGUGCAAUCGGUGAAGAUGCGACCCAAGUGAUUACCAAGCAAAUUUUGGAAGGCAUAAAUUAUGUUCAUAAAAUGGGCAUAUCUCAUCGAGACUUGAAACCGGAUAAUAUUUUAAUAAUGCAGGAUGAUCCCAUCUUGAUUAAAAUCACUGACUUUGGGUUGGCUAAGCUAAGUGACAAUGUCACAUUCAUGAAAACUUUCUGUGGGACAUUAGCGUACGUUGCACCAGAAAUAAUUACAGGUAAAUAUGAUGCUAAUGACUCAAAUAAUUACUCAUCAUUAGUUGACAUAUGGUCAUUAGGCUGCCUUGUCUAUGUGCUAUUAACAUCUCAUUUACCAUUCAAUGGUAAGACCCAAGCUCAAAUGUUUACGAAAAUUAAAAAUGCAGAAUAUCAUGAAUCACCACUAAACACGUAUAAUGUCUCUGCAGAUGGUAAGGACUUUUUAAAUUGUUGCUUACAGGUAAAUCCCAGAUUGAGAAUAACUGCACAGGGUGCAUUAAAGCAUAAAUGGUUAUCGCAUAUAAAAGACGAUAAUGAAGAAAUGAGUCUUUCGCAAUCACAAAGUCAACAAUUACGAAAGAUUGAUAAUGAUAUGGUGAGGCCGUUAGAGAAAAACCAGUUCAAGGUACCAAAAAGAGUGGUUUUACCGCCAUCCCAGCAACCCGCAAGUCAACAAAAGGCAAUUGCAAAACCAAAGAGCCAAAUCAAUGAUAAAAGACCAAUUGAAGCUAACGGAUAUGUACAUGACGAAGUACCAGCGAAUAAGACCAAGAUUCAAGGCCAAAAUAAUAGUAUAAAUGAUCAUAGUUUGCAAGACAUAACAAAUGAUAAUAUACAUCAAAGCAACGGUAAACGACCAAUUGAUUCAUCUGAACCAAUAGAUACUUCCAAAAGAAUAAAGCUAGAAAGUCUAAGUAUCAACGAAGAAGUCCCAUUAGAUACAUUUAUAAUACUUUUACCGGUUGAUAAAACAGUUAACAACAAGCCUAUUUAUAUUAGACAGGGGGUUAACCCAUACGCGAUAGGACGUAAUGAAACGUGUGAUACAUUUAUCAAUGACGAUAGAAUAUCGAAGAUACACUGUUUAAUACAAAAGAAACGUCAUCCUGUGUUAACUUCUUCAAUCUAUGAAAGUCCUGCCCAUUGUCUCGAUGAUAUUUGGCUUUUAGAUCUUAGUACUAACUCGUGUCUUAUUAAUGGCGUUGUUUUAGGAAAGAAUCGCAAAACUCAAAUAUUCAAUAAUGACAUAAUUGAUUUGUUUAAAGAUGACAAGAUAAACGAACGAAUGAGCUACAAAAUUAGUAUCAAAGACCAAACAGGACUUUUCAACCGUGGUGAACGUAUGAUUAAUAACAAAUUGGUUAAUGUCCUCAAGCAAGAUCUGAAUGACUUCAAAUUAAAACCUAAAACGGUCGUUGAACCGGCUAUUCCGGAUCAUAACAGCCAAAAGGAUAUCAUUGGAAAUGGAGGUAACUUUAAUUCCCAGCUAAGACAACAACGCAAAAUGUUAGCGAACUCUAAUAAACCAAGUCAGUCUACCAAAAGAGCUAAUUUGCAGGUUGGUCAAUCUCGCCCUUCCAAUUCGUGGUUGAGCUGA